AUCCCACAGAUCAGAUUCGUUACUAUAUGCUCAUUUACUUAAUUUCUUUCAUUAAUAAACAGUCCCCACCUAACCUAUUUCCCAUACUUUCCUUAACCUCUACUUUUCUUUCAAGAAGACUCUACCUCUCUCCGACUUCCAUAGUUUCAAGAUUUUAUGAUCAAGCUACUUCAACAACACUAAGUGUGGUCUUCCAAUUUAAUAUUAUGGGUUUUGGAAUUUCCGAUGGUGUUUGUAACACCGGCCUCGGUCUAGGACUAAGCUGCCAUGACAAGCAACAAAACUGUUCCCAAUCCGAUCAUCUUAAACGAAAGAAGAACAAACUCUCCUUGAAAUAUGAUCACAUGUUCCCUUCUCUUACAUUAGGCCCUCCACAAGAGCCAUAUCCAUCGGCUAAUAAGGUAGAAGCAGAUUUGCAACCGCAGCCGCAGGCAUCGUCUCCUAGUGCAGCAUCCUCAUCUUCUAACUCACGUGUCAAGAAAGAGAGAGAGUUUGCUGGUGAAGAAGUAGAAGUGGAGAGAGUCUCUUCAAGGGUUAGUGAUGAAGAUGAAGAAGGAAGUCCCAGAAAGAAACUUAGACUUACCAAACAACAGUCGGCUAUUUUGGAAGACAGCUUCAAAGAACACAGCACUCUUAAUCCUAAGCAAAAGCAAGCUUUGGCUGAACAACUGAAUCUUAGGCCACGUCAAGUAGAGGUCUGGUUCCAGAACAGAAGAGCCAGGACCAAGCUGAAGCAAACUGAAUUAGAUUGUGAGGUAUUGAAGAAAUGCUGCGAAACACUAACAGAAGAGAACAAGAGGCUACAAAAGGAGCUACAAGAGCUUAAAUCGUUGAAACUGGCUUCACCACUACAUAUGGAGCUACAUGCAGCCACCCUCACUAUGUGCCCCUCUUGUGAGAGGAUUGGCAGUGGCGGAGACGCCUUUUCUACAAGCGCUUUAGCAGUUGGACCAAAGCCUCAUUUCCAGAGUCCCUUCACCAACCAUCAGCAGCUUGCUAGGCAACCUGUAUGAGGCCUGAACACGAGUCAUUAUUUUUGUUCAUGGCUUCUGUAUCAUAUAAUUAAUUAAGGAUUAGAUAAUUAAAUUAAUUUUGUAGAGACUGCCUCCCUCCAUAUAUACCUUUUCUCUGUCUAGCUCUUUCAUAUGUACACAUCUUAACAAAUUUCUGUUAAGGAAUUUACUUAGUUAUUUGUAUGCAUGGGAACUAGUUUUUUUUAAUCAUCUAAAUGAAUUAAUUAUUUAGUUA